GCAUAAAUAACGAUUCAAAAGAAAUACAAACAUCCACUCCUUCGGAACGAGCUACUGAAAUUGAAAAGGAAACAGAUCAAUCUAUCAAUGCAGCCCUUAUCAAAAGUCCGGUGUUUCUUGACAAGGAUGCCGUGCACAAAAAAACAAAUAACGAAAUUGGUUCAGUUAAUGCAAAUCGUUCUUUAAAACCUGCGACCGUCAAAGUUUUAAGUACAAAGGCGAAUGACGGAAAUGAUUUACAAGUUAAGUCCGUUGCCAGCCCGUCGAGCCAAAACCUACAAGAGAUCUCCUAA